AAUGAAAUUUGGAUUGAAAAUCAGUCUGUUUGUAAACAUAUGUAAAUACAGGAUUUCUUUUGUAUUCUGCACAGAACUACUGUCUGCCAUUAGAGGCUAAUCAAGCAGAUUUAGAACAUUACACUGUAUAACUGCAGCAUGCCAGUAUUCAAGCUGUGGAGGGCCAACCGCCUUGAAAAAAAGAUGGCUGUGGCGAACACAUAUGAAGAACUCUGCGAAAAAGCUAAAGUGAAGCUUGGGAUGGCAAGAAUUGAGGGAAUCGUGCUGGAGGAGGAUGGUACUGAAAUCGACGACGACGAGGUUCUGCUGGAAUGUAGCAAUUCUACCUUGAUGGUUUUAGAGGAGGGAGAGCACUGGGAAUUGAGGGGUGAAGCAGAGCAAAAAGUUGAAAAUCGACAUUUGACAGGUGCAGCAGCUGGAGGAGAUGGCGAUAACUUCAGACUCCAAGAAACUGAACAAAGUCCACAAAAUGCUAAUGACACUGAACGGCGGAUUACUGCAGGAACGCCACUACCACCUUUCAGCCAAAGAGUACUACGACACCUAGAGAUUGGCAAGGAGUAUGUGAUCUGGAAAGAACUGAUCUCAGAAGCUGCCAAUUACUAUCUUACAGAAUUUCCAACCAUCAACUCCUCCACCGAGUAUGCCAAGAUUGGCCAGAAAAUAUACUCGCAGUACCCUACAAUACGACGUGAAGGGGAACACCAGUGGUCCUUCUUCACAAAAUGUCUCAGUCAGAAAAUUCGGCACAUCAGAUGGCAACAGAAAAAGAAGACGAAUCCAAAAACAGAACCAGAUCAAGGAAAGGUAAAGAGAACCAAUGUGAAUGAUCAGGCGGGAAUGGCAAAACGAGCGCGAUGUGCUCAAAUGGCUCAAGAAAACACUGUGACAGAUGACAGUGCAGAUCAGUGUCUCAAGGAACUGUCAAAAGAGUGGACCAAGCCUGCAGAAAAAAGGUGCUUGGGACAUAUCCGUCUUCUGCUGGAAAAGACAUUUGCAACGAAUCAAAAAUGGAUAAUGUCUCUUCCUGAUGCCCAAGUAGAGCCCAUAUUGAAGCGAAUCCCAUGCUACAGUGAUGGAAGAAUGAUCCUCCAUGACUUUCAGCUCUUAAGAGGACGUGACUCAUUAGAUGAACUGGAAUCUUGUCUUCAAAAGUUCAUGAGAGCCAUUGAAGAACUCAAGAGUACUGGCAGCAAAGAGGGACCACUGGAAUUGCUUCCCCUUAUCCAGUACAUCGAAAAAAAGACGGCAUUUGACAGGGGAAAAGGGAGUAAAACUGAAGCUGUCAUCUCAAUCAAAAAGGAAGUUCCGGAUGAGGACGUAGAAGCCCACAUGACAAGUGGCAAGAAAGAGCCGCCUCGACUGGUCAUCUUUGUUACCGGAGAGGAAGAUGUGACUGGAUGUUUCAUCGUAUCUGAUGAGGUCACAAUUGAUUGCAAAGUUACAAAUCUCACCAAGGCAUUCAUGCAGCUUAUCGCUGCAUACUACGUUUUCAACCUCGAAUAUCCGAAGAUGUAUUCGCAGUUGCUGGGUCUAGUGCAGAGCUAUGUGCUCAAGGAACCAUACAACGGCCAAAAGAGUUCCAAGUAUAGAAACUUUGAGGUUCUCCUCCGACAGCAGUUGGGGAUGCAGUAGAUUUAGACAGCCUGGGGUAUUUUGAAGUGGCACUGUAUAACACAUCAGUCUUUGCCGGAUCCUUGCAUCUAUUUUUCUAUAGCUUACAUUUGAAUACACUGAUUUUAUGAUUUUUGGUUUUCGGUCAUAAUGAUUCUGAAAUGGUAUCUGGCAAGUGCCCUCAGCCACUGAUAAACGGGAAAUAAUUGCUAUUUCGAAAGUUCGCCGCUAUAUCGGACAGCUUUAUUUCCUUAGAUAUACAUCUUUGACCGCAGGUGAUUCUCGAUGUUCAAAGGCCAAAAAAAAUCAUGCUUUUUAUUGCGAAAUGAGCAUAUUCAAAUAUAUGCUAUGGAAAAAAACAAGAAAACCCUCCAUAGACUUUCAUUUCUAAGUGCCGCUUACCCCCCCCCCCCCAUAAUACAUUACCCUAUGGGAAAAUCCCUUCAAUUAUUUGCUCUCACUCCUAGUUCACCACAUAGAAUCUGCCAGACGAUGGUUUUCUAAUAUUGGGGCAAAUAAGGAUUCUGUCCAGAUACCUGUCAAACAGUAACCAAACCAGCUAGGCUAGGCCCUGUAGUGCUCAUAAACAUAGUAUACGUGCAUCCCACAAAUGAUGUGAUUCUUAGUCAAAUUUCUCCCACACAUGUAAUAUUACUACAUUUGUGAGAGAAAUUUGACUAUUAAAGAACUGCUACAUUUGUUGGAAGCAAUUUUUUUUGUCAGUUUACUACAUUGGUGGGAGAAUUAAGAUUGCUACAUUUGUGGGAGGGUGUUACUACAUAUGUGGGCAUAAUGUACAUGUUUAUCACACACUAACUUGUCAUCUUUGUAAUACCUGAGAGGAAGAUGUGACUGGAUGUUUCAUCGUAUCUGAUGAGGUCACAAUUGAUUGCAAAGUUACAAAUCUCACCAAGGCAUUCAUGCAGCUUAGCGCUGCAUAAUAUGUCUUCAACCUCAAAUAUCUGAAGAUGUAUUCGCAGCUAGUGAAAGAAAAUUAUUCCUAUAUUUUACCAUCUAAUCAGUAUAAAGGAUUUGUGUGGAAUCUUCCUGAAAAUAAGGAAUUGGUAGGAAAUGGUCCCAAGUCAUGUGGGGGGGGGGGGGGGCACUCGGAUCUUUUGUGACUGACAAGGUUGUGCCUCGGUCAACCUCCGAAAAACACCCAAAACACACACCUACCACACAUAUGCACACACACACACAAUCUGAAAGACAAUCAUUUAUGCAAUCAUUUCAAGACCCUAUAUUUUGCCCUUGCAGGCAGUUCUUCAGACUGCAAUUUGGAGGGUAGCUGAGGCACAACCUUGUAAAUAAAAAGAUACUAGUCACGCCCCCCCACAUUCUUCUCAUUUGAUCGCUUUUUUAAAAACACAUGUACACUUUACAGUCACCCAGCUUCAUUCUGUGUGCAUUUGUUUGUUCCCUUUUCGUGUUUUUUUUUCCACAGACGUAAAUCUGUUAGAAUUUUUUUCAUCAGAUGAAAAGAAUUAUAUCACAGAUGAUGGCAGUGUUUUUGUUUUUCCUUUUCCAGCAACGUUCGGUGGUUUCUGUUUUACAGAAAGUUACAGUUUUUUGCAUGCACAUGUCCAUCUGUUGACGAAAACCACCGAACAUCGGCAGUAAAGGAAUGGGUUUGGGGGGGGGGGUGGAAAUGGAACGAAUGAACCGCUGUAGUGUGACAAGCGCUUAUAAUCCGUUGACACUUCAUGGUCCCUUUGUAAAAAUCCUUGUGUGCAUUUUACAUUUCAUGCCUAAUUCAUAUUGCAUUUUAAAGAUUUACAUUGUCAGUAUUGAAUGUACAUGUAUUUUAUAGUGUGAUUAAUCAAUUGGUCAAGUCAAAACCUUACUAAGAUUUAAGCCCAUGUUCAUUAUUAGCAAGUGAAAGUAUUAUGUGCACAUAAUCAAAAGUCUCAUUUAAUUUCUAGGAGUAUUGAAGUUGUUCUUUCUACAUUGUUCUCUCCAGUAUGCAAAAUGCUUGGUCCAAACUAUAGUGUAAAAUUUAGAAGGGGCAAGCACUAAGUGUAAUCAAGUGCAAACUUUAAACUCUUGUACACAUCUCAUUGGAGGGUACCAAGAGUAAAUUUUGAUAAUUCCCAGUAUAAUGUUUUCAAGUCACAUGCAAGAAAAGCCAUGGAGAGAUCAGUGUUGUUCUGAAUAAAUUAAAUGGAGCAAAUGAUGCUUCCAUUGGCAAAAUUCAAAUUUAAUGAAAAAAGCACUAGUUUUUUUAUCAGUUACUGUGUUGCUCAGAGACAUUAAGGAAAAUUUUGAAUUGUGAUUUUCCAUAUUUUGGCUUUCAAAUGUUUUCAUUAUGCUAAUCCUUGCAAUGCCCUUGUACAUUGAAAUGUUUUUCCCCAUUUCAUUAAUAUUAUCAAAUGAAAUUUAAGUUUCAUGUUUUCAAGAACAAGGUAAUAUAUACUGUGUGAUGCACGUCGGUGACUAGAAUGAUUUUGAAUUGUGAUUUUCCAUAUUUUGACUUUCACAUGUUCUCACUAUGCAAAUUCUUGCAAUACCCUUGUAUAUAUAAUUUGUUCCCCCAUUUCAUUAAUAUUAUCAAAUGAAAUGUUAUUUGCAUGUAUUCAAGAACAAGGUAAUAUAACUUGUGUGAUGCAUGAUUGGAAUCAUUUUGCUUUAAAUGAUUUAUUUCAAUACGGUACAAUACAAUAUGGAAUAUUCAUAUAGGGCUUAAGCAAACAAAUUGAUCUAACGCUCUACAAUUAUUUUAUAUGUUACACAAUAUGAGAACUUCAUAAAAAUUUACCAGACAUUGUUGUAACAUUCCCGAUUAUUGUAACUUCCAUGGAGGCAACCAAUCAGCAUACAGCAUUACAGCUAUUGCCAUGAUAUUUACAGUACAUGGAGAAUUACAACAGUUGGAAAAGUUUAUGACACGGCAUCUUCUGACUGUUGCUAAAGCAAAAUAUAUUGACAAGUAUAUGGGCCUUGAACUUUGUUGGUUGACUUAUAAUUCAUCUCGACAUUGAGCUAUCAAUAGCAAUUCUGAGAUUCAAGAAAAUUUUACUUUACGACUCAGGAAAAUUUUGAAUAGUAAAUUUCCCUACAGUGGACCUCACAUCCCUGCAGUGCCCUUAAUGUUUCUCAAUAUUCCAUUUAUAUCUGGUUUUUUUUUUCUUUCAUGAUUCAAGUGUGAAGAAUUAUAUCAACUCAUAAAGAAAAUUAGCCAAUUAGUUUUGAUCAAGUAGUUUUUGUUUUGGCACACCAUGUAUAUAUAAUCUGUUUAUAAAGCUUGCAAGGAUUUCACAAUUUUGGAAUGUUCUGUUUCAGAUUUACAUUUCUUGUAUUGUAAACGCUUUAUACCAGAAGUGUUUAUUUUUAAAGUCAUAAACAUGUUUAAACGUUUACAAACUGUUACAAAAAAGUGUUUAACAGUAAAUGUGUCAAACCAUUUAUAAAAUAAAUACACUGACGUGUUUAAAGAUUAAACAUGAUGUUUAUAAUC